CCGGGGGCUGCGCCCUUAGCCGCCCUCUGCGCGCUGCCCUGCGCGCUGCCCGGCCAGCCCCCGCGCACCCGCCCCUGGCUGGGCAAACUUGUUGGACUUGUUUUUCCGGCGCCGGCUGCUCCCCAGGUGGGGCUGGCCGAGCUCGGCUUUGGGGGGCAGAGUAAAGGGGCUCGGGCCCAGCCUGCGCCGCUGGGAUUUUCAACGCUCCUGCCCCAGCGCAGCCCCACGGACUAACGGGCCGGGCUGAGGCUCCCAGCCCCGAGCCACGCAGCGCUAGGGCGGCCGCCCCAGGCCGGAGUUACCCUCCUGCGCCCACUAACCAUUAACUCGCUCGGUUUUGCUCUGUCCCCUCCCCCCCGCUGAUUUGUUUUUCCCAUUGGAAGGCGUCGCUGUUUCCUCGGGUGCCCCCCAGAGAUAUGGCCAUGGUGGCUGGAGGCUGGGGAGACCCGAACGGAGACACCAACGGGGUGGACAAGGGUUACCCCAGGACCUCCGAAGAGGACUCGGUGUCGCCCCAAGGUGGGGUGAGCGACCAGGAGCACGGGGACGAGGACAAGCCGAGCAUCCAGGUGGACUGCACGGUGUGCGGGGACAAGUCCAGCGGGAAGCACUACGGGGUCUUCACCUGCGAGGGCUGCAAGAGCUUCUUCAAGCGGAGCAUCCGGAGGAACCUGAGUUACACCUGCAGGUCUAACCGAGACUGUCAGAUUGACCAGCACCACCGCAACCAGUGCCAGUACUGCCGCCUGAAGAAGUGCUUUCACGUGGGAAUGAGGAAAGAAGCUGUCCAGAGAGGCAGGAUCCCCCCCACCCACUCCAGCAGCAGCCUGAACGCCAUGCCCAGCGGGGAGUAUUACAACGGGCAGCCGGUCUCGGAACUCAUUUCCCAGCUGCUCCGGGCAGAGCCCUACCCGACUGCCCGCUACGGCUCGCAGUACGCCCAGCAGGGCAGCGUGAUGGGCAUCGACAACAUCUGCGAGCUGGCGGCCAGGCUGCUCUUCAGCACGGUGGAGUGGGCCCGGAACAUCCCUUUCUUCCCAGACCUGCCGGUCUCGGACCAGGUGGCCUUGCUGCGCCUGAGCUGGAGUGAGCUGUUCGUCCUCAACGCCGCGCAGUCGGCGCUGCCGCUGCACAUGGCCCCCCUGCUGGCCGCGGCCGGCUUCCACGCCUCCCCCAUGUCCGCGGACCGCGUGGUGUCCUUCAUGGACCAGAUCCGGAUAUUUCAGGAUCAGGUGGAAAAACUGAACAGGCUGCAAGUGGAUUCUGCUGAAUACAGCUGCCUGAAGGCCAUAGCCCUCUUCACGCCAGAUGCCUGCGGCCUCUCGGACCCUGCCCAUGUGGAGAGCUUGCAAGAGAAAGCUCAGGUGGCCCUGACGGAGUAUGUCCGUGCCCAGUACCCGUCUCAGCCCCAGCGCUUUGGCAGGCUCCUGCUGCGGCUCCCGGCGCUCCGGGCAGUGCCGGCUUCGCUCAUCUCUCAGCUCUUCUUUAUGAGACUGGUGGGGAAGACGCCCAUUGAAACACUAAUUAGGGACAUGCUGCUGUCUGGGAGCACGUUCAACUGGCCUUACGGGACGGGGCAAUAGGAGACAGCAGGAAUUCUCCCCUCGCGGGCCCAGCCGCAGCUCGGGAACUCCAGCCCGUUCCACCAGAAACCCUUCCUAGCUGGGUCUUUUGCUGAGCGGUUCCUGCGAGGCCAGAGGCUCAGGCCUGCACGGUUCUUCUCCAGGCUGGAGUCAGACUGUGUGGCCCCCCACCCCUGUGGCAGCGUCAGCACCUCACCCAGGUGUUGCCCGUCAGCACACGGAACCCCCUCCCCACCCACGGAUGGAGGGUCAGCAAAGGGAUGGAGCCGUUACUUUUCUGGGCUGACUUUUCAGAGGGCUGCGGGAGAUGGCUCUGGGCAGAUGGUGACUGGAACCAAACAGCAGGCGGCUCGUGCGGUCGGGAUUGGAACUUUUUUUUUUUCCUUUUUAGAAAAACCUCUCUGAAGGCAAGACAGGCUCGAACUCCCGUCCCUGGGCUACCGGCCAGCAGAGGGGGGAAAUGACUGUGGGCUAUUCUGCUGCUCCGCCCGUUGCCUCUGAGCCAGUCUGGGGCAACUGGGGCUGCAGGCCUCUCCUCCCCCCACGUCUGCCUUCUGCGCACGAGCUAAAUGACGGAUCUCAGAUAAAAUAGCCAGCAGCCGUCUCUGGCAAGAGCGUUUUGAUCCCUAGAAACUAGACCGGGGGAGAAGAGCGAGGGGCCUGUCCCCUAGCCAGUGGCGGACAAUGAGAGGGAAUAACAGAACUCCCCAGGGUCAGAGGGGUUAAAAUAACCCAGUGCGGGAAGGGAGAUAAAGCCGGAUGCUCCAGGGAUGAGUGUUUGGGGGAGGGGCGGGGGGAGGGGCAGGAAGAAGGGGUCACGUAAGGCCUUCGCGUGGGUUCUUGCAUUUCCGCUUUCAAGGCCAAAGGGUCCAUUCUGCUCUGAGCUGCAGGCCCCAUACUGUCACCCAGUCAUGCCUGCAUCUAACGCAACGACAGGGGACCUAGGUGCGGGCCGUGGGCUGAGCCAGGCUACUGGGCUAGGAGGGCCACAGGUCAGCUCCAGUCUGGCCUUCCACGGGGGACGAGCUCCCUGCACCACUGCUUUGACCUGCCUGCCUCCCUCGACCCCUGUAGGCAGCAACGCAUCCCUGCUGUUCAGCCCGAAUUCACCUUGGCUCUAGCUACACGAUUCCUGGCCCGGCGCGGAGACAGUAUGUGGAGGGGGGGCAUUUCCUGUAUUACAGAUUACUUCCCCCCCCCCCCCCCUUCAUUUCACCACUCAGCUCAAGCCAGUCCCUCUCCGCCUGUGAGCCUGUCGGGGAAAGCUAGCAGCCGCUUUACACCGCAGACCCUUGUAUAUAGGAAACAGCGUCUCUUCCCCCCCCCUUCCUUUUUUUCAGACACCCAGCUGUUUCCCUCUCCUAAUUCUGCUGAGCCUUGGAGGAGAGGUAGCGAGCUCUUAAAUUGCUUAAAGGCUGCCAACCUCUGAAGCAGAAUCGCUGCAUGGCAAAAUAAAAAGCAGACUGCAGUUAUUAGAUCCAGGCCAGGUAGUGGGUAAAUCACUCUUUGCAAGGGCAGGGCUGGCCCAGAUUCAGGGUUAUGAGCUAAACUGGUAAGUGGGGCAUGCUUUAUUUGUCCUAUUUAAAAAAAAAAAAAAUCCCGUUCUUGUUGCAAUUGCGGGUACCCGUGGGAAUUGCUGUUGCAGAAGAGAACCUAGCAUGGGGGGUCAGGGCAGAGCGAGGCAGAUCUGGGGCAGACCUCGGUCCUGGAAUCGAGUGGCCUCUGCCCCACUAGCCACGGUGCUCCCCAGUGCUGCAAGCCUGAGAAUCCUUGCUAGAAACAGGCUCAGCACAGACAUCCCAUCGCUCUGUAAACAAAAGGAAGCUAGAUGUGUGGAGGACUUGUCAUUUAGAUCAAGCCCUGGUUCUAAACCCACUAACUGAAGUCAAUGCAGAUGUUUCUUACAAAGGGGUGCUCUGUUUGGAGGGGAGCGGAGAAGGCGCUGGCCUGCGGGGAAUGAGCUGCCUGGAUUCGAAUACCUGCCUCCCCCACUUCAGUAUAUAUUGCAGGAGCCUUUUCAGCACAGCAGCCACGCAAAUCUUUGAUCCAAUUCCCCUCAAACCUCCUUCCAAGGAGCGAGCUAAUUCCCGUCUCUGAGGGAGGAGGAGUGUGGCGAAGGCUCUCCAUUAAACACCCUGGCACCCACUGGUUUUUAAAGGCCAGAGAAACAGCUGCCUUGCAGCCACCUGGUGGAUUCACUUUGCCUGGAGUUAAGCCAAGGUUGCAAGGUGCCUGGGAGAUACCAAGCACUAAAUAUUAGUAUUACGGUCACGUUGCUGCUCCAAAGCGCUCUCCUAUGGGGGAGGCGAAUAGGACCCUGAACCUGCAUUUUCCAAGCGUGACUAGGGAUUCUGGGGACACCUCAAAGCGGCAUGAUUUUCAGAAAGCAGGUGCUGGGUGAGAUCUGAAAGUGUAGCCGCCUUUGAGGGCAUCCAGAAACGGUGGCACCCAAAAUCUCUACUCGCACUUGAAAAAAACGAGGCCCUGAAUUCUGCUGUUCUAUGCAAAGAGCCUUAACACUAAACCCGAUUGCACUUAACCCCCGAGAGCAGGGGCUUUGGGGGCACCCAGGGGCAUUGUGGGAUAUUAUGUGUGGCAAAACCAGCUCAGAGCAAUGAGACUUGGAAUUUUCAAGUAAGGGUUGGUGCCACGGAGCGAUUUUUCUGUUCAGAAAAGACACGCCGCUGAAUCCUGCUCGGGAAUCGACACCCCGUUCCGGUCCCUAAGGGGCUGGAAAAUGAAUCUCCCCCCCCCCCCCCCCCCCCCCCCGUCACCAAAGCAGCGUGUGAGUGUCCCCAGGGAAAACACGCCUGCAAAGGCCUCCUUAGAAAAGGGCUCAGCCAAAGAAUCACAAUAAUAAAAGUGUGUUUUAUGCUUCUGGGUGGUGCCUUCUUCUGGACUAGACUUUACUGGACACAAUAGCGGGACCCCGUAUCAUGCCAUGACGCCUUGUCCCCUGCUAGGCGCUAGACGGGGUAGAGAGUGUCUGCUCCUGCUGCCUGAGCCCCUGGGCCGGGGCACUUCUCUGCCGCAGGGGCUGCCCACGGCUGCUAGGUAGAU